UUCCGGCGCCCUCAGAUGACGUUAGUGCGCGGCGUUCUUCCGGGUUCAGUGCAUGCGGCGGCGCGUGUUGAUGACGUAGUAACGACAGCGCCUUCCGAUGACGUCAGUGGGCGGUACCCCGGAAGUGGGUCCUGUGGUCGUGGAGACGGGGACGCGGCGGGGGCCGGUUCGGUGCGCGCCCCCGGGGGUGGGUUGGGAACCGAACCAGGACCCGCGAAGGAACCGGGGGGCGCGGGGGCGGCUUCGGGCUGCGGUAACGAAUGUCGGGGGCGCUCCGGUAACGGGCCUGAGGACGGUCCGGGUUUGGGCCCGCUUCGGGUCGGUCCCGACCAUCCCGCCCCCCCCGCAGCCAUGGAGGAGCCCCCCCCGCCGACCCCGCGCUCAGGAGUUCGCCGACCGGCUGCGGGGCCCCGGGAGCGGCCCCGACACCGAACGGCCCCGACCCCGCCCGGAUCCAGCCCCGGUGACCGACCCGCGCCCGUCCCGGCCCGAGGCCGGCCCGCACCCACCGGGGGCUCCGGGGGUCCCGGGGGGGGCGGGGCUGUUGGCGCUGCCGCUGGACUGCUGCUGCGAAUCUGCGGGUUCCUGGCGGCCCGGGAGGUGCGCGCGGUGCUGCCCCGUGUGUGCACGGCGCUACGGGGACAUCGCACGGGAUGCGGUGGCCUGGAGGGUCCGGCUGAGGCGAAGGGCACGGGGACCCCUGCUGUGCUGGAAGAGAAAGACUUUGACCCCGCAGCUGCCUGUGUGGAGCUGGAGGAGCACCUGCAGCGCUGGGGGGAAGGGGGGGCCGCCAUGCGCCAUUUCUCCCUCGACCGCGGACACUUUGCCUCGGUGGACGCUGUCCUUCUCCUGCAGGGGGGGACCCUCUGCGUUUCAGGUGCUCGUGACCGUACAGUGAAUCUGUGGGACCUGCGGCAGCUGGGGGGGGCACACGGCAGCCCUACAGUGAAAGCGUUGGGCAGUGAGCCGGGAGGAACGCACAAGGGCUGGGUUUGGUGUUUGGCUGCUGCUGGGACGACGCUGUGCUCGGGCUCGUGGGACAGCACUGUGAAACUGUGGGACCUGGAGACAGAGGGGCAGCAGUGCGGGGAGAUCAGGGAGAGGGCGGCGGUGCUGUGCCUCUCCUUCUGCCCUGAUGCCAUCAUCACAGGAACCUACGACAAAACAGUGGCUGCAUAUGACCCACGAGCAGCCCCCCAGACCCCGGUGCGAUCCUACAAACCCCACAGCAGCGCAGUGUUGGCGCUGGCAGCCGAUGACCGUCUCAUCGUAUCUGGGAGUGAAGACCGAACCCUGGUGGUCAUCGACCGCCGUGCUGACGGCAUCCUGCAGCGCCUGCAGCUGCAGCAUUACCUCCUCUCCAUGUCAUAUCGGGGGACGCAACUCUGGGCUGGGGACAACCAGGGCCGGGUCCACGUCUUCGGGAACAGCGACGGCCACUUCCGAGCGGAGCGGCGCUUCGACGUGGGACACCGCCUGCAGAUCACGGGGCUGUGGCAGAAUGCAGGAUCUUUGUACACCACCUCCACCGACCGCACCAUGCGGAUCCACGUCCCCACGGACCCCCCCCGCACCAUCUGCUCCUGGACGCACGAUGAUGUUCUCAAUGGGAUCAGCGUCGAGGGCGACGUGGUGGCAGCUGCCUCCGGGGGGCUCUCGGUGGAGGUCUGGAAGUUUGGAGGCUGAAUGUGGCUGUGACCCCCCCCAGGAAUGGGGGCUUUGCCCCUCAACCCUCCUCCCCCCUUCCCAUGGCCAGAGAUGGGGACCCCCUGGGGGGCAGAGGGGUCCCAAUGGACUCAGAGGGGCCCGUUGUGCAGGAAUUAAAGGGAUUUGGCUGGA